AGAAAAAUACCAUGAGCAAGUCCGAAACCUAUAAAACCCCUAAUGGCCCUUCGCCUCAACUCUGCCCGGCUAUUAGCUUUCCCAGGCUUAAUCAAAUUCCUGCCUCUCCGUCUCCUAUCUCCCCAAACCCUCCGCUGCCGCCCGGCGAGAAAUCUAAGGUUCCGCCUCCGGGGCUUCUAUUGCGGCUGUGGAGGCGGUGGUGGAAGCAUGGAGGCUCCUAUUGUGGUGAAGGAGCGGAUCGAUCUCAAAGAGAAGGAGGAGAAGAUCUUCCGGCGGCUGCUCGAUGUGGUUCGCGACUUCAAGUUGGAGACCCAGCUCCGAGUCGCCGGAGGUUGGGUUCGCGACAAGCUUUUAGGUAAGGAUUGCUAUGAUAUUGAUAUUGCAUUGGACAACAUGCUGGGUCGGGAGUUCUGUGAGAAGGUCAAUGAGUACCUGCACUCCAUAGGUGAAGAGCAACAAGGAAUAGGUGUUAUUCAGUGCAAUCCGGAUCAAUCUAAACACUUGGAAACUGCAAGAAUGCGUAUAUAUGACAUUUGGAUUGAUUUUGUUAAUUUAAGAUCUGAAACCUAUGUUGAGAACAGCCGUAUCCCUACAAUGAAAUUUGGAACCGCCAAAGAAGAUGCAUAUCGGAGAGAUCUGACCAUCAACAGCUUAUUUUAUAAUAUCAACACUGAUUCAGUUGAAGAUUUUACUGGACGAGGUGUUCGAGAUCUGAAGACUGGGUAUAUUGUUACUCCUUUACCUCCAAAGGAUACCUUUUUGGAUGAUCCCCUUCGAGUUCUUCGUGCUAUCCGCUUUGGUGCUAGGUUUGGUUUUGUAUUGGAUGAAGAUCUAAAAAAAGCAGCUUCAGAUGAGGAAGUGAGAGCUGCAAUUGCAGAUAAAAUCAGCAGAGAGCGUAUUGGCCAUGAAGUUGAUCUCAUGUUUUCUGGCAAUCAGCCCAUCAAAGCAAUGACCUAUAUUUGUGAUUUACAAUUGUUUUAUGUUGUCUUCACAUUUCCUGAGAAUCCUCAGCCAUCAGUAGUCGAAGGAUGUGAUAGGCAUUGUGUUUCAUAUAUGGAUGCUGCAUGGAAUCUUCUGCAAUCAACUGGUUACUCCAUACUCAGUGAUGAACAGCGAAGGCUCUAUCUGUAUGGGGCAUUGUUUCUUCCAGUAAGAAAUACCAUAUAUGAAGAUAGAAAAUCCAAAAAGAUUCCUGUUGCCAGCUAUAUCAUUCGAAAUUCACUCAAGCUGAAAAAUAGUGAUGCUGAAACUGUUAUGAGUUUACAUGGUGCCUUGGAGAGAUUCUUUUCCAUAAUUUCUUUACUGGAGUCAGAUGGAGAUUCCAAAAUUGUCGAAGUAAAGCUGGAGGAUGAAUUCCUUGACAUACCAUUCGAUUCUAGAAUACGAGUUUUGGCAGGAUUGCUUCUGCGGAAAAUAAAAACUUUUUGGCGUGUUGCCUUGUUGUUGUCCGCUUUAUUAUACCCCAAAGUUGACCAUGCGGGUGGUCCUUUGACCAACGACUUUGAAACAGAAAGAAGCAGAGAGAUUUUUGUUAGCAUUGAUAGAGCUAUAUCUAAAUCAGGUCUUGAUAAUGUGUGGGAAAUGAAGCCAUUGCUUGAUGGGAAAGCAAUAAUGAGUGUUUUGCAGCUUAAAUCAGGAGGUCCACUUAUCAGGGAAUGGCAAGAACGGCUGAUCAAAUGGCAACUUGCUCAUCCAGAAGGAACUACAGACGAGUGUCUUGAUUGGAUGAAGCAGUCACAAGCAAAACGAGUGAAGCUGGAUUGUUGUGCUUGAAUAUAACACAAUCUAGUAGCCUGGUUCUUGUCUGCUUAUCCUGUAGGGAUUGUGGCAAACGGCAUUUUUAUUCCAGUUGUCACUCGUAUGCUGAUUUAACAAUUCACACUUUGGUGUUUGGAGAUCUUUGGUUCAGAAGGCAUUGAUGUUUGCUAGUGCAUUGUCUGCACAACUGGUCUCCAAAUUCAGAUUUCUCAACCCUAAUUUAGACGCAUCAAGUGCUUUGGCCAACUACUUCUGUAUGAUUUUAAAUUAAUUGCUUAUUUUUGUUUAGAAGGUAAGACAAGAGCAUAGGUUAAGAUAAAGAAUGUAUAAUUCCUACUUUGUAAAUUGCUGAGAAGGCAAGUGGGAAUGCAAUUUUACAAGGGAUUUAAAAAAUAUGAUAAAUUAUGUUUCA